AUGCCGUAUACACCGCACAAGAGUCACUUAUUUUCGCUCACUGGAUAUUCGCUUUGCGGUUAUUGUGAUCAAUUCGGGCUUCUGACUUCGUGUGAUCUAGUGAAGGAUCUAGGUGUAUUUUUCUGUAAGGGCCUCAAAUGGAAAUUCCAAAUUGAUAACGUUGUAAGCAAAGCUAUGCGAGUUCUUCAUUGUCUCUUUAGUAGUAUUCUCUGUUGGGACUUGUUUGUUUGGAUUAGGUUGUUUUGGACGUUUGUACUGCCUCUGAUCGAGUAUUGUGGCCCCGUUUGGAGCCCUUUUCUGAAGAGAGAUAUUGCUAAGAUUGAAAGUGUUUAG